CCAUAACCCGGAUGAGGCUGAGUUUAUUCUCCCGUAGAGCCGGAGGAAGAGCAGGAUCAUCUGAAGUACAGAAGAAACUAAAAUAUUCCAGGGUUUUCUCCAAGAUUCAUCAUCGACCAGGAUAUUUAACAUAGAGCAAUGUUCAACUGCUGAAAGAGGUGAAGCACAAGCCGUCCAGAAGAAUCUCUUUGAUACAUUUCAUAUAGCCAAGUCCCGGCAUGGAGAAUCUCAAAAUACAGCAGCACAUUCACACGCGAGAGAAACCGUAUCAUUGCCCAGACUGUGAGAAGAGUUUUACUACUCAGAGUAAUUUCAAUCUGCACCAGCGCAUUCACACAGGAGAGAAACCGUAUCACUGCUCAGACUGUGGCAGGAGUUUUAAUCGACAGAGUACUCUUAAAAUACACCAACGCAUUCACACAGGAGAAAAACCGCAUUACUGCUCCAACUGUGGGAAAAGAUUUACUAAACAGAGUGAUCUCAAACUGCAUCAGCGCAUUCACACAGGAGAGAAACCGUAUCACUGCUCAGACUGUGGGAAGAGUUUUACUCAACAGGUUAAUCUCAGAAUACAUCAGCGCAUUCACACCGGAGAGAAACCAUUUCACUGCUCCGACUGUGGAAAGAGUUUUAGUCGACAAACUGCUUUCACACUACACCAACGAAUUCACACAGGAGAGAAACCGUAUUACUGCUCAGACUGUGGGAGGAGUUUUAUUCAACGGGCCAGUCUGAAACUGCAUCAGCGCGUUCACACAGGAGAGAAACCGUAUCACUGCUCAGACUGUGAGAAGAGUUUUUCUACACAAAAUCUUCUCAAAAAUCACAAGCGCAUUCACACAGGAGAGAAACCGUUUCACUGCUCAGACUGUGGGAAGACUUUUACUCAACACAGUCAUCUCCAAAGUCACCAGCGCAUUCACACAGGAGAGAAACCGUAUUACUGCUCAGAUUGUGGGAAGACUUUUACUCAACACAGUCAUCUCCAAAGUCACCAGCGCAUUCACACAGGAGAGAAACCGUAUUACUGCUCAGACUGUGGGAGGAGUUUUAAUCAACAGAGUCAUCUCAAAAGUCACCAGCGCAUUCACACAGGAGAGAAACCGUAUCACUGCUCAGACUGUGGCAAGAGUUUUACUGAACAGAGUCAUCUUAAAAAGCACCAGCGCAUUCACACAGGAGAGAAACCGUAUCACUGCUCAGACUGUGGCAGGAAUUUUACUCAAAACAGUCAUCUCAAAAAUCACCAAUGCAAUCCCACUGUUCCACCGCAAUAAAAAGUGCAAAUCCUAAAUCUUUGGCAGCCAAAACACCUUAUUCUACGCAAAAUCCUCCCUUUGACACUCGGGGCACAUUCCACCAGAAAUUGUGAUUGCUGUUUACAAAGCACCGGAUGCUAAUGCUAACUACGCGCUGAAGGAGCUUUAUGACAACAUCAGCUCCUUUCAGAACAAGCAUCCGGACCAGGCCUCCAGCUUGACACUUCCACAUGCUGAGGGAUGAGAGGACCAUUUCAGCGAAGCUGUCCUUUCACUUCAAUUCAUUUCUGUGUGUCUUUGAACAAAUAAUAAAUGUUUUCCGCAACGUUUCCGAUUAUGACACGGCCCAUGUUCUUUUUUUUUUUUUUUUUUUUUUUUUUUUUAACAAAGAACGAAUUUUCUGAAAUUUGAUCUAUAAGAUUAGUA